UCGGCAGUGUCAGACAACAUGAAGUUUAUUAUUUUCGCCGUCGUUGUGGCCGUGGCCAGCGCCGCCCCCCAGUACGCCGCCCCUCAGGCACCUACCCGCUAUGCAGAGUCAAGUGAAGAGGUGGCCAUUCUGAGGCACGAUUUUGUACCUGGGGACGCCGGCGCCUACAAGCUUGAUGUGGAGACUGCCAACGGCAUCGUUGUAUCCCAAGCUGGCGCUCCCAGUGGCCCAGAGGGUGCUGUGGUCAAGAGCGGACAAUAUUCCUACACUGCUCCUGACGGCACUCCCGUCCUUGUGAAGUUCGUCGCCGACGAGAACGGCUACCAGCCUCAGUCUGACCUGCUGCCAGUGGCUCCUGAGUUCCCCCACCCAAUUCCCCAGUUCGUGCUGGACCAGAUCGCCUUCGCUGCUGCAGAAGACGCUGCCGCCGCCCGCGGCAAGUCCUCUGGUCCCUCCGCCAGCUACGGCCCUCCUCAGUAAACAACUGCAAGCAUUGAUGCAUCGUCUUGCAUCAUUUAUCUUAUAUCUGCUGCAAUCCAGUGAUUUCAUCAUUAUUUAUUAUGUUUGUUUUAUAUAUACAUAAACAUAUCACAAUAAAAAUAUCAAAUAAUA